AUGAUGAUGGCGCAGCCAUAUCCUGCCCACCAAGUUGGCAUGGCUCACCACCCCGUGAUGCCUCCUGGUCAUCCUAUGGCUGGGGCCCAACACCCAAACGCGGCACAUCUCGCUGGACAAGCUCCAGGAGCCGGUAUUGUACAGCAGCUGCAUCCUGGUGUCUCUGGUCCAGGGGGACCCCAGGCGACGCAAGGGGGUCCAGUGAUGGGCGGCAUGCCGCCGGGCACCACCGGUCCAGGCGGACCUGGCCCCAGCGCUCACGCAUUAUCGCAUCUUGGCCCUACCCACGGACAUCAAAUAUAUCACCCUCAGCAGAUGGGGCAAAACUAUCCCAACAACCCACAAUUACUACAACAUCAACAAAUGCUGAGACAACGACAAAUGAUUUUGCAGCAGCAGCAACAGCAUAAUCAACAACAGCAACAACAACAUAAUCAGCAGCAGCAGCAGCAGCAUCAACAUCAGCAGCAGCAGCAGCAGCAGCAGCAUAACCAGCAACACCAGCAGGCGCAGCAACUUAAUCAGCAGCAGCAAGCGCAGCAGCAGCAACAGCAACAUGGAGGAAUUCCCGUAUCUUUGCCGAAUGGAACCCAAGGCUUAAAUGCUGCGCAGCUUGCUAUUCAGGCUAAUCCCAAUAUGCGACCCUUUCCUCUUCACUUACAACAUCUUCAAGCCCAAGGGCAUCAAGGACAAGCACAUACCAUGCAACAUCAACAGCAGCAAUACCUUGCGCUGCAACUAGCAGCCCAACAAAAUCAGCAGAACCAACAAAAUGCCCAACAACGAGCUGGUCCGCAACCUCAAUCUAUGCAUGAUGCCCAGAGCACCCCUCCUCAUCCGCAACCUGGCCCCCCUAGCCAAGUUAAUACUCCACAACAGUCUCAACAGACAAACCAACAGCAACCUACUCCGUCAUCUCAAGCACCUCCUCAGCAAGGUCAACAGCCUCAGUCGCAAUCACAAAACCAACCACAACUCCAACAAGUAGCAAAUUCGCAAAACCAACCCCCACAGCAACAUCCCCAACCCCAUCAGAUGACAGCCCAUGAAGCGCAACUCCGAGCUCAACAGCAAGGUGCCGGCUCUGCAAUGAUGAUGCCACAGAGAAUGUCCAACCCCAUAAAAAGAUCUGCGGUUCUCCGAUUAUUGACAUUUGCGGAACACCUGAGCGCAUUCUCCGCUCAGUCACCCCAACCUGGUAUAGAGUAUUGGAGUCGCUUUGUCGACCAAUUCUUUUCUCCAAGCGGAGUCUUGCGACAAGGACUUUGGUGUGCAGAGCAGGGCGCUAAACAGUUCGAGAUAUCUACGCCUGCUCUCGCCCGAUAUUACUACACUCAGUUUACCAGUGGCAUAAGACAUAUACAGAUGAUUGUCGAAAAUGCGCAGGAAAAGGAACUUCCAACUGGUAGUCAAAUUGUCGAGAGUCACAAGACAUGUUUCAUCUACUUUCUAGCUAAUGAGUGCCAAGUCGUUGCCCAUGGCACACUAAGAGCGCAUUACGACAUAAAUGGAAAAAUUGAUAUUCUCGAUCUUACCACUAAGAAUCACACGGAGUAUAUCCCGCGCACUGCGUUGCAACCAGUUUCUCCAGAGCAGAAGCAAAGCCCGAAAGUUGGCAAGGGUCUUGCCAAGAGAGUACAGCAAAAGCAGCCAAUCGGACCAUCAGUUACCCUUCCUGAGUCCAUAGUCACGGAACACGGUGUCCCAUCUGCAGUAAUUAAAUUUUUAGAGGUCGCGGAGACAAUCUCUCAAAUGCAAACGUUGUUUCAAUAUUCAAUACAAUGUCCACACCUGUCCCCUCCAGACGCGCUCCGACAAUUAGUUGCUUCUUUCAAUUCUCAUCCUCAAGUUAUUGCAUUUAGCCAGGGGCACAUGGGACCUCAACAGACCCCUGGACAACGAACACCUAGCCUUAACGGACCAACACAAUUCUCUUCACCUGCCGCAGCUCAUCUAGGCCUACCAGGAAGCCAAGGCUCUCCCCAUCUCGCAGGACCGACUCAUACCCCCAGUCCGGCGCAGAACAGCAUGGUAGGGCCCAUUGCAAUGGUUGCGCAGCAAAGCCAGCAGGGUACGAAUACAAGUGGCAGUCAAGGAACGAGUGCCAAUACCAGUCCCAAUGUGAGCAACAAACGCCGGCGAAGCGCCAUCAAGAGUGAAGGGGAUGAUACUAGUGUAAUCCCAGACGUGAAUGGCACCGGUCCAAAUGCAUCAAAAGCACCGAAGGCCAGUCCAAGGGUUGGCGGCAAAAGGCAAAAGGGCACAAGCUGA